GCCCCCGGCCGCCGCGUCACGUGACGCGGCCGCGGAACCUGAGCUGCCCGGCCUAAGCCGUGCUAAAUUCGUUGCCCGUGGCCGCUGCGGGUGCAACCACAGAGGCUAAUCCGAAGGAGUGGGGAGGCUCGUGGAGUCGAUGCUUCCUCUUCCAAUUCAGGUCGGCUCCCGCUACCUCGUCACCAUUCGCCGCUGCCGUCUCCCCGAGCGUUUGCAUGAGCUCUUUCGCGUGGGGGAGCUCCGGUGACCAUGUAGGGGGGACGAGUGAGGAAGCUCCAGGUGCCCGGGACGAGGUCAGCGCUGUCGGCAGGCCCCCGCAGUGCCGAGCACACCCCCGGUGCGGGCCGGCGGGCGGGUCGGCCCCGGUGGGCACCCCGGCCUCCGCCUGGGGCCUGGCCCGGAGCGCCACGAAAUCUCGCGCCGUCUCGCGAGACGCUAAGUUGAAGGAACAUGGCGACGUCUAAUCUGUUAAAGAAUAAAGGUUCACUUCAGUUUGAAGACAAAUGGGAUUUCAUGCGUCCAAUUGUUUUGAAGCUUUUACGCCAGGAAUCUGUUACAAAACAGCAGUGGUUUGAUCUGUUUUCGGAUGUGCAUGCAGUCUGUCUCUGGGAUGAUAAAGGUCCAGCAAAAAUUCAUCAGGCUUUAAAAGAAGAUAUUCUUGAGUUUAUCAAGCAAGCACAGGCACGAGUACUGAGCCAUCAAGAUGAUACAGCUUUGCUAAAAGCAUACAUUGUUGAAUGGCGAAAAUUCUUUACACAGUGUGAUAUUUUACCGAAGCCUUUUUGUCAACUGGAGAUUACUUUAAUGGGUAAACAGGGCAGCAAUAAAAAAUCAACCGUAGAAGACAGUAUUGUUCGAAAACUCAUGCUUGAUACAUGGAAUGAGUCCAUCUUUUCAAAUAUAAAAAACAGACUCCAGGAUAGUGCAAUGAAGCUGGUACAUGCUGAAAGAUUAGGAGAAGCUUUUGAUUCUCAGCUGGUCAUUGGAGUAAGAGAAUCCUAUGUUAACCUUUGUUCUAAUCCUGAGGAUAAGCUUCAAAUUUAUAGGGAUAAUUUUGAGAAGGCAUACUUGGACUCCACAGAGAGAUUUUAUAGAACACAGGCACCCUCGUAUUUACAACAAAAUGGUGUACAGAAUUAUAUGAAAUAUGCAGAUGCUAAAUUGAAAGAAGAAGAAAAACGAGCACUACGUUAUUUAGAAACAAGGCGGGAAUGCAACUCUGUUGAAGCACUCAUGGAAUGCUGUGUAAAUGCCCUGGUGACAUCUUUUAAAGAGACGAUCUUAGCCGAGUGCCAAGGCAUGAUCAAACGAAAUGAAACUGAAAAACUACAUUUAAUGUUUUCAUUGAUGGACAAGGUUCCCAAUGGGAUAGAGCCAAUGCUGAAAGACUUGGAGGAACAUAUCAUUAGUGCUGGCCUGGCAGAUAUGGUAGCAGCUGCUGAAACUAUUACUACUGACUCUGAGAAAUACGUUGAGCAGUUACUUACAUUAUUUAAUAGAUUUAGUAAACUCGUCAAAGAAGCUUUUCAAGAUGAUCCACGAUUUCUUACUGCAAGAGAUAAGGCAUAUAAAGCAGUUGUUAAUGAUGCUACCAUAUUUAAACUUGAAUUACCUUUGAAGCAGAAAGGGGUGGGAUUAAAAACUCAGCCUGAAUCAAAAUGCCCUGAGCUGCUUGCCAAUUACUGUGACAUGUUGUUAAGAAAAACACCAUUAAGCAAAAAACUAACCUCUGAAGAGAUUGAAGCAAAGCUUAAAGAAGUGCUGUUGGUACUUAAAUACGUACAAAAUAAAGACGUUUUUAUGAGAUAUCACAAAGCUCAUUUGACGCGACGUCUUAUAUUAGACAUCUCUGCUGAUAGUGAAAUUGAAGAGAAUAUGGUAGAGUGGCUAAGAGAAGUUGGUAUGCCCGCAGAUUAUGUAAAUAAGCUUGCUAGAAUGUUUCAGGACAUAAAAGUGUCUGAAGAUUUGAACCAAGCUUUUAAGGAAAUGCACAAAAAUAACAAAUUGGCUUUACCAGCUGAUUCGGUUAAUAUAAAAAUUCUGAAUGCUGGUGCAUGGUCAAGAAGCUCUGAGAAAGUCUUUGUCUCCCUUCCUACUGAACUGGAGGAUUUGAUACCUGAAGUAGAAGAAUUCUACAAAAAAAAUCAUAGUGGUAGAAAAUUACAUUGGCAUCAUCUCAUGUCAAAUGGAAUUAUAACAUUUAAGAAUGAAGUAGGGCAAUAUGAUUUGGAGGUAACAACAUUUCAGCUGGCUGUGUUGUUUGCAUGGAACCAAAGACCCAGAGAGAAAAUCAGCUUUGAAAAUCUAAAACUUGCAACUGAACUGCCUGACGCUGAGCUUAGAAGGACUUUAUGGUCUUUAGUAGCUUUCCCAAAGCUCAAGCGGCAAGUUUUAUUGUAUGAACCUCAAGUCAACUCACCCAAAGACUUUACAGAAGGCACCCUCUUCUCGGUGAACCAGGAGUUCAGUUUAAUAAAAAAUGCAAAAGUUCAGAAAAGAGGUAAAAUCAACUUGAUUGGACGCUUGCAGCUCACUACAGAAAGGAUGCGAGAAGAGGAGAAUGAAGGGAUAGUUCAGCUACGAAUACUAAGAACCCAGGAAGCUAUCAUACAAAUAAUGAAGAUGAGAAAGAAAAUUAGCAAUGCUCAGCUGCAGACUGAACUAGUAGAAAUUUUGAAAAACAUGUUUUUGCCACAAAAGAAAAUGAUAAAAGAGCAAAUAGAAUGGCUAAUAGAGCACAAAUACAUCAGAAGAGAUGAAUCCGAUAUCAACACUUUCAUAUAUAUGGCAUAAUUUUGAAUAUCAUGGACAACAUUAGAACCCAAAUUGCAGAGUGCUUGGGCAGAAAGUUGUAACAGUUUGUGCUGGAGGAAGGUUUAUUUGGACUUUGAUUACAUAACUAUUAAAAUCUCUGCCUUACCUGACAAAACAACUAUAUUUUGCCAGUCACGUUAGUUAGCAUGAUGGCAUCCCUUCAUGUUGCACACUCGGUAACAGCAUGCUGUUUUGUGGAGAAACUUGCAUUCAUGAAGAGCCCAUUAUGAACUUUUCACAGUAAAUUUGAUUUAUACCCAUCGGAAGAAAUAGUUGGGAAGGGUGAGGGCGGGGUUCUUAAUUGCUUUUUUCCUCUUUUUUUUUUUCCUCUCUGACAAAAAUGUACUUGCACAAGGAAGGAUCUUCAGAUAUUCGUGCACUGAAUAAUGCUGUUAUGUUUUGUUUUUUUAAAUGCAAUUAAAACUAGAAAUAGCACUCUUGGUUUCUUUCGAUCAAAAGAGGGAGCUGGUGUACACGACGCUGCGGGGUGGGGGGGGACAGAUGUAGGUGAGGAGAUAAGUAUUUAAUAGCAUCACAUUAUUUGUUCACGCCCUGCUUCAGUAUAAUAACUGGAUUUAAUGGUGACCUGAAAAUGACACGAGAUUUUUCCAACUUACAAAUGUUGGCUUUCUUUUUAAGCAGGAGACUGCUAGUUUAGUUGUUUGUUGUUAAAUAAGGAGUUUGAAAAUCUGCUAUGGCUGGAGAGCUUGUUUUGAAAAAGUAAAGCUUAUAUUACUUUGUUGUUUCAACCGUUUAAGAAAAUGUAUGCAGACAGAUCAUUUAAAUUGCAGAGAAAAAAAAUCGCAAAACAAACAUAUUAAGUGUGUUCAAUAACACACUUAAUAUUUAUCUAAUAUUUAUUAUGCCUAAUUGAUUAUAUCUAAAUUUACUAAAAACAAGGCAGAAAUCUCCUCCUGUCCUAUUAGUACGGUUACAUAACUGAUCACUUGAUCUGCAGCAUAGAAAUGUUUUGGAAUUUUAAACUCUGAUGAUAAGGGAUUUAUAGCCUCAGGUUUCUGGAAAGGAAGACGUUCUGUUUUAAAGAGUAGUGAGUGUCCGUUACCUAGGAGGAAUAGCAAAACCACAGCCUAAGGCCUGAAAAGCAUAAGCAGAUUGUUGCGGUCUUAAUAUGAGCAGUAAACUUGCCAAAUAUAUGUACAUAUAUAUUUAUAUAUUUUAAAAAUAAAUGUUUUUAAAAUGUUCCGAAAGCAACACUUACCUUGUUCCUUUCAGUCAAUCCAAAGUAGCAACUGACUGGUUUGCUGGGAACUGAAUAUCCAGAGUAAUGCGGAGCUCGGGAUGUGAGGACGCGGGCAACCGAGAUGGGACAGACGAUUCCCCGUUGGGAAAGAGUGGCUCCCACAUGGAUUUUUAUUCGUUAUGCUGCACGUUCCAAGUUUUCUCGCAAAUUCGUUUGUAUCUUGUUUGAUAUUAAGUAUUAUUUUAAACCUAUGACUUUGGAAGUAGUAGGAAGCAGAGAGCCGAGCUCCGAGAGGUAGACAGCGGACAGUACUACGCAGAGUGCUCUCAGGAGCGUCACAGCGAGUCUGUCCCCCCCCUCCCCCCCCCCCCAGAAAGCAUCGUGAGCUGUCUGCUGCCGGGACGGAGAGCAAAUUUACAACACCUAAGGUGUCGCUGGUGAUGUUCAAAUGCCUGUUCCGAAACUCCUAGAAAAUUAGGAUUUGUUUCUAAUUUAAAAUCUUAUGCCCAGCUCUAGGGCAGCACAUGUCAGGUAUUACACGAAGUGUGUUGGGGAGAAUAAACUGAAUGAGAGGAUGGUGAACAAUGGGUACAUUUGAAAUUUAGAAAAUAAUAAUUUUGUAAUAAUUGUGGCCCUUACAUUUAAUAUAACACUCUGAGGAGCAUAUGUGCUUAUCCAGUAGGAGAACGCCCACCGGGGGGAACAGUUGAAGGGGAAAUUACAGGCCAUUUUUUAAAGUUUAAGAUUUGUUGCUUCAAACCAUAAUUGUUCUUAGAACAAUUUUGGAAUUUCUCAUCUUUUGGUCAUUUGAGAGUCAUGAUGUUUUGAUUUAUAACGGAAAAUUUAGUGCAAAAGUGGGUAACUAAAUCCAUAGCAAAGUUUUCUAUUCAAUUUUAUAAAUUUUUUAAUAGCGAAUUAUGUCCUAAUUGUAUUUUGGUAAAUUGAACAGCAGCAAAUACUGUAGAUUUACAGUUACCAUUUUUUUCUGUUAUGUAUACAAAAUUUAACUACUUUUUGGUGUUUAUGAAAACAAUUUAGUUGACGAGGUGCCUAUACCAUUGUUAAGUUUUCUUUAAAUAUGUCUGGACGGUAGGUUUGCUAAUUGACAAAAAAGAAUCUGACAAAAAGAUUGUGAGGCACUUGCUAGAGGUACAGAAUCACAGUCAGCAUUCUUUAUCCAGCCCCUGUUCUCCGAUUGCACUUAAAAGCCGUGCUGCCCGAGCAGGGGCGAAACCUGACAGAGUCCAGGGAGAGGAGUCCAGGCCGCCACUGGGGCCUGGGGUGGGGCAGUGGAGGCGAGCCAGAGGUUAACUAAGGCAGAACACUCCGUUUCUCGUGCGAAGAUGGAGCCUUCUGGCCAGUGUGAACCUUUGUCGUCUCCCGUUGCCGGAGUCCGGGACACGAAGCAAAAGUUACAAAGUAAAAGAUAAUGCUCAUUUUAAUGCUUUAUCUUUUAAUGCUAAUAUCUCAUUUUAAUGCUUACAAUGAGAUAAAUAUUAGAACAUUAGUGUUCCAAUGAUUUAAUGAGGAUCUUGAAAUAAAUUAUGAAGUCUUCCAAUUUUUACACUUAUUGGAGGGGUCCCUGCAUUGUCAACCUGUUCAUUUAAGUCUCUUACUCUUAUUUUGUGCAUAAAUGUUGAAAUUUCCAAAAAUGAAAUGUUAGCUUCCUUGUUUUUACUUUGUAUUGAAUUUAAUACAAAAUAUGACCAGAGUAAUUAAAAAGUAUUUUGCAUUCUUUGCAGUAGGAUGUCAUUAGCCCUGCUCACAGGGCAAAUUUUCGAAAUUCAAUUUGGGUGAAAGAUUUGCUAGUUUUCCAGAAAGAUUUGCUAUCUUAAACUCAAGCUGGUUUUUCUAUUUUCAUGUAAAUGACUGGGAUGCUAUCUUAUAAACUCUUCCAAGGUCAUGUUUGUGAAGUAAACAUUACACGAGAGCUUUCCUGUCAUCUACACUAUAUAUGUCGUCUGGAGUGUUGAACAAAUUUGCGUUCCUCAGUUGUAAUCUAUCUUCGUAUGGUAUAUACGAUUUUGAAUGUGUGCCACUACAUACUGAGAUGAUAAUGCUGUACAAUUUUAAAUGGUAGCAGUUUCUGUAUGCAGUAGGCUGAAAUAUUUUGAUGAACUGCUUAAUUUUUGGAUUUUAUUUUUUAAGUUGUAUAAUUUAUUUUCUUGCAAAAUAAAAAUGUAAUAUAAAAGCUUUCACCUA